AUGUCGUUUAACUUCGGCGACGCCAGCGGUAGCAACUCCAGUUUCUCAUUCAGUAACAAUUCCUCAGCUCCUUCUACGUCCACAACUUCCUCCACAGUCCCUUCAAGUGGCUUCAGCUUCGGUGCGACUUCUAAUGCCGCUCCCGCUUCUUCCGCAGGCUUCAGCUUUGGUGCCAAAUCAACAUCUACAGCUCCUUCUGAUGCCUUGAGCAAUGCUGCUGCUACUCCAGCAGCUUUUAGCUUUGGGUCAGCUGCUAAACCUGCUGCUACAUCCAGUACUACGGCUACUACAGGUUCAGGGGCUCCGAAAGAUUCAGGAUUCAGUUUUGGUGCUACGAUUCCAGCUGGAGAAGCCAAGUCGACGACGACAUCGGGUUUUAGCUUCGGUGCAGCUUCUACAGAAGCUAAAAAAUUGACAGCUCCUACGUCAUCGGAAUUUACCUUUGGUGCAAAACCUUCUGUUGCGGCUGAUGCAAAUUCUGGUGCUACGACGACGACAACAGCGGCGCCCAUUUCGACGGGUGGAUUUAGCUUUGGUGUAACAAGUUCAGAUUCUACAAAACCUACUGAGGCAAAGUCUGCACCGGCACCAGCGCCAACAGCGUUUUCGUUUGGUGGAGCGAGUGCGAAAGCACCUUCUACUGAAGCGAGCACGACGACGGCGGCGACGACGACGACGACGCCGUCAUUUGCGUUUGGAACGUCUACGGCGUCUACGACUGAUACGGGAACAAAAACUGCGGUUACGUCUACUGCUGCCACGACAACGGCCAUUACAGCUCCAGUUACGGAGAUGGACAAGCCUCCGGCUGAGUACAUGGGCCGGACGAUUGAGGAUAUCAUAAACGCUUGGAGUGAGCAGCUCGAGCGUAAUGCUGACACCUUUACGACAGAAGCUGUUAAAGUGAGCGAAUGGGAUAGCGACCUCAUGGACAGUCAGAAAAAGUUGGGCGACAUUGCUGGCGACGUGCGGCGUAUCCAAGUGGCGCAGAACGAGCUGGAUACGAACCUCGACACAAUCUUUGCGUACCAGAUGGAGCUGAAGUCGACGCUCGAGCAACUGGAGAAGAGUGUGGACAAGAUGUACGAGUCGCAGAACCAGAUGCCAGUUACUGCUGAUAUUGAGCGUGAGAAGACACUGCAGCUGUCGGUGGACGUCGAUGACCAGCUGAACUCGAUGACAACGACGUUGAAGGAGACGGUUGAGAAAUUGAAUAAGGCCCAGGACGAUGUGGCAGACGAAAACAACCCGAUGGUGCAGAUUAUGAAGGUGCUUAAUGUGCACCACAACUCGCUGCAAUGGAUUGAAGGCACCUCUGGUCGAAUCAACAGUGAAAUUGCGCAGCUGUCACGUAAGCUGCAGAACUCGUCGAUUUAA